AUGGCUGGCUGGACCCUGGGUGGAGGGUGUGAUGACACAGAGAGAAUCCUGGGAGAAGGGAACUUCUACUACAUAACCAUGCUGCGUGACCCCGUCUCCCGCUACCUGAGCGAAUGGAAGCACGUGCAGCGCGGAGCCACCUGGAAGACCUCCCUGCACAUGUGUGACGGGCGCUCGCCCACGCAGGACGAACUGCCCACCUGCUACAGCGGGGACGACUGGCUGGGCGUCACCCUGACCGAGUUCAUGGACUGCCCGUCUAACCUGGCCAACAACCGGCAGGUGCGCAUGCUGGCCGACCUCAGCCUGGUGGGUUGCUACAACCUGUUAUCAAUGAACGAGAGUGAGCGCAACCACAUCCUGCUGGGCAGCGCCAUGAACAACCUGAAGAACAUGGCCUUCUACGGCCUGACCGAGUUCCAGCGCAAGACGCAGUACCUGUUUGAGCGGACGUUCAGCCUGCGCUUCAUCGCUGCCUUCACGCAGAUCAACAGCACGCGCGCCGCCAACGUGGACCUGAGCGAGGCUGUGCGCCGCCGCAUCGAGGAGCUAAACUACCUGGAUGUGCAGCUGUACGAGUACGCCAAGGACCUGUUCCUCCAGCGCUUCCAAUACACCCGCCAGCGCCAGCACCAGGAGGAGCGCUUGAAGAGGCGCGAGGAGCGCCGUUGGCUGCGGGAGCAGAGGGAGCAGAGCAGGGACUCUCUCCCCAAACGACAGGUGGGCGGGGAAGGGGGGAGAGACGAGCUGGCCACCACCACCGAAGACUACACCAGCCAGGUGGCUCGCUGGUGA